CGGUAAUUGGCCAUGUAUUAUAAAUAUAUAUAUAUAUAUAUAAUAUGACAGAUAAAACAAUAUCCAAAUCCAGAACUCUCGGUGCGCGAGCAUCCCACUGGCAGCUCUUCGAUGGCGGCAUCGUGCUACUUACGCUACUUUUCCCCUCUCAAUGUAGCUUCCCCUCCACGCUUCUCCCCCACUUUUCACUCCCGCUCCUCCUCCAAACCCUACGCGUCGUCGCCUUCUCGGACGGCAUCGGCGGUACUGAUCGCCGCCGGCGCUGGCCUCGCCCUCUCCCUCCCAUCCGUCGCAUCCGCAGCGAUGCAAGAGCCGGCAAACGCGCUCUCCCUACCCACCUGGAUCAUCCACAUCUCCAGCGUCGUCGAAUGGAUCACGGCCAUGGUGUUGGUUUGGGAGUAUGGAGAGAAAUCCGGAUUUGAGGCUUGGAAGGGUCUCUCAUGGGGGAUGGUACCACUUCUCGGCGGGGCAAUGUGUGCGUGCACGUGGCAUUUUUUUUACAACUCGGAAUCUCUUGAUAUACUCGUGGCUCUUCAAGGUAUGCUGACUGUCGUCGGCAACUUGACGAUGUGUAUUGCUGCAUAUCGAAUAUUUAAAUCAGCUCAAGGAAGUUCCUAGGAACCUUAAUUUUUUUCUCAAAUAAAUUAUUGCAAUUCAUUGUGUUUCUCAGUCACCACACCAUUCAAUGAAGGGAAUGUUUUUUCUACUUUUCUGUUUGCCUUGGUGACUAUUCUAACCAUUAUAUUAGGCCUUAUAACUGUGAAAGUGGUUUGCGUUCUGCCCAAGCUCAACUAGUAAUGCAGUUAAAAAAGAGGACGAGUAGCACAAAUACUCAUACUUAGACAUAACUUAUUAGGUCCGAGUUGAGUGCAAAACAUGUUGGUGUCAGCUAUUUUGGGUAUUUGAGUUUGCGUUUUGCUUAAUGAAUUGUACGGCAAUCAUUUUUAUUUAUAAAAGGUAGAAUCAUGCUUUAUGGGCCAUGUUUUUAGCAUCAAAUACAAUUUAAUCGAUUUUGUCUAGAAACCAGUGGAAGUUGCCCAAAUCAAAUCCUGAGCUAGAUUUGAGUAUAAUAUCUGCCAAUCCAGAUAAAGGGGAGCAAAAAUGUCAAAAGGAGCCUUUGCUUCUUUUCCAGGUAAAGGACUGGGAGUUGAUCAAUCACACUGCAAAAUCUGCAGUGUUUUGUGGGGUGUGAGUUUUUCAAUUUUAUUGACCUUAAACCUUUGCGCAUCAUUUCGAGCCUUGAUAAUCAUGGUACAGCAUUUUGUCUGCAGUUCAUGUCGGCAUAUGUUUUCUAUCGUUUAGUAUCUUAAAAUCUCUGUUAACCUUUGAGACCUAAGCCGACAGUGAAUAUAGUUACGGCAUUCAAUUCAUAAAAAAUCUGUCAUUCAUUAUCUCACUUUUCUAACAUAACUUCUACUAUGCAGAUGGCAUCACAUGACUAAUGACUCUACUAUGUAUUCUUCUCUGACUUUUCAAUUUCCAGUUGUAUAAUUGUGAGAUGUUGUAAUAUACACCAGAAAACAUACUUCUGUAUUCAUGAUGAUGAUGAUGAUGAUGAUGAUGAAUAAUCAAGAAACACAGAGCAACGAUGACCAACGAGCAUAUUCAUGAGUGCAAUUGUACUACUGGCCAAUGUGAAUCAAGAGGACCAAGAAAGGCAUGAACAGGCAAGCACUGAGGUAUUGGGGAUACAGAGAUGGGGGAUCCUGUUCAAACCUUUGUUGACACAUUCCUGUGUGCUAUCCUUCAAAAUCAAUGGUCCUUUCAUGAAAAGUUCAAAGGUUCAAUGAUGAAUUAUUCUGGUCAUGCACAGGUUUGAUCUGAAACUGAUGGCAUGUGUUCUGAACUAAAGUGCUCACUUUUUAAGACAGGGUUUUUUUUGCCCUGGUGCGUUGGUUACUGUGUCAAAUUGGUACUGCAGUAGUCUAUGAAUGAAAUCAUGGGAUGGGAACUAAUCUCUUUGUA